GACAAAUCACUGACACAACUGUUGCGAGCAAUUCGAAACAAAAGGAAUCACAUUUGGUCCCUUCGCAAUACUGUGCGUGAUGUGCUGGGCUCAAGCGAUACGGCAAUGGCGCAGCACUGGAACUCGCGAUUCCCCAGUCUCCUCCCUCUCACCUACUGUUUGGCUCGAGUUCACCUUGCGAAGGUGGAUCAUUUUCGUCGCUUCCUCCCUGCCCCGCUCACUUCGGACGCUGCUGAGCGCUUUAUCGGCGAUUGUUGUCAUCCCUCCGCGCCGGCAAUGUGGGCGAGGCUGCCGACCUCCGAAAAGGUGGUUAAUGGCAUCAAUAGUUGCGCGGAGACCAACAACAACAUUGCUGACAUAAAGUUACAGGUGUCGGAACACGGCUCGCCACUGCAAGCGAAAUCCAGGGUGUGGUCCAAAGUGAGAAAUUCAACAAAUCCAUGGCAUCUACCCUCUAGACGUCUAGUUCCCGGAGAAGCUAGUAGCAAGGACGCUGCUAUCACCACGUUCGCUAAAACCGUGGCAGCAGCCCUGCCGCCUCCGAUGACUUCGGUAAGUGGUGAGAUGGCUGACUCAGCUGAGAGGAUGGAAGAAACCGACACAGAGGACGGUUUUGUCUUCCAGAGAACGAGGAAGAGGACACGCAAACGCAAAAAUGCUCCGAACAAUGCCAAGACGAUGAAUUUGUAA